AUGAAAAGAUCGGCUGGCUCAAGAGGCCUGAUGGAAAAUUGGCUGAAGAAUUGCAACAAAAAAACUGUCACUUUGAGUGAUCGUUGUGAGACUGAUAGCGAGCAACCGAAUAUUGAAACCGGAAGUGUCAUCGAUAUUCGUUCAAAUGCUGGUCAUCCUAACAGGUUGCAAUCUACAGCGUCUGCCAGUUCGAGCACUUCGAGCAAUGAUAAUUUAAAGAUAACAUCAAACUUAUCAUUGUCUCACAACCACCCUCCGGCUCAACCGAUUAUUUCCGAAUUUCCAGUAAAAAAUGGCACAAGAUUCAAUCCCGAGCACUACAAAAUAUUCAGAUGGCUUGAAUACUCCAUUGAAGAUGAUUCUGUUUACUGCUAUGCAUGUAGACAUUUCUGUAGAAAUACUGUAUUUGCUGGACAAUCCUACGGAAAAGUAGCGUUUGUUGACUAUGGUGUGAGUAAGUGGAGAGAUAUCAAAUCCAUACUUCAACAACAUUCUGUGAGUCAGAAACAUAUAAGUUCUAUGACAUUUUGGACAAAUGCCACUGCAAUUCAAAAUAAAACUUCCCAAAACAUAGCAAAUACGUUGAACGAGAACCGCGCCUGUGAUGUUGAAGAUAACCGCCGGCAUGUUCGAUGGUUGAUUAAAGCAACUUGUUUCCUGGGGAGGCAAGGACUAGCUUUUCGGGGGAAAGAUGAAAGCGAAAAUUCUAGGAAUAAAGGAAAUUUCAUUGAGCUGCUAGAAAUUUUCUCUGAUGAAGAUAAGAGGUUGAAAGAAAAAUUGUCUCUACGAUAUGGUCACUACACUUCCCCAGAAUAUCAAAACGACUUAAUCGCUACAGUCGGUGCUCUUACAAGACAAUCUAUUCUAGACAAGAUGUCAUCGCAUGGGUUUUUCUCUAUUUUAGUCGAUGAAUCGAAAGAUAUUUCAAAAAAGGAACAGUUGUCAUUUGUUCUCCGGUUCGUGGAUAAAUUAGGGCCUGUCGCCCGGUGUGUUUAUGCUAUCCAGCCCUUCUGUUCCGCACGCAUCGCCGCACACGUAUCAAAACUUUGUCGGUGGGACGUCCCCAGCCCUAAGAGAUCGACCUCGUCGUCUAGAGUGCCAAAUCACACCGAGGAAGAGCCCUUUGGUAGCGGCGGUAGGGUCGGGCUGCCCCAACGGUCGGUGUGGCGGUUUGUAGUCGGUAAAGAGGUGUGA